UGAUCGAAUGAGGACAGGUGGAGGGAUGUGGGGAGAGGGUGCCGUGGCUGGAUUAGGACCCGGUGUAGGGCGGGACACUUAUUCGUUCUCCUUUGAUUCAGACGAUGCCGCCGUGGAGACCGCUGAGGAAGCAAAGGAGCCGGCUGAGGCUGACAUCACUGAGCUCUGCCGGGACAUGUUCUCCAAAAUGGCAACUUACCUGACUGGGGAACUGACGGCCACCAGCGAAGACUAUAAGCUCCUGGAAAAUAUGAAUAAACUAACCAGCCUGAAGUAUCUUGAAAUGAAAGAUAUUGCUAUAAACAUUAGUAGAAACUUAAAGGACUUAAACCAGAAAUAUGCUGGACUGCAGCCUUAUCUGGAUCAGAUCAACGUAAUUGAAGAGCAAGUAGCGGCUCUUGAGCAGGCAGCCUACAAGUUGGAUGCAUAUUCAAAAAAACUGGAAGCCAAGUACAAGAAGCUGGAGAAGCGAUGAAAAACUUAUUCCUGUGGAACAAAGUCUUUUUUAACAUGGAAGAACGUUUUAUAAGACCUGAAUCCUGAGGCUGAUGAAUUGUCAGAACUCCUCAAAAGGAAACUAUGCUGGUCGUCCCAGAAACGUCCCAACAUUGGAGUAAACUGGAGGACUGUGGCUACCCCUGAACUUCUUUUGAGGCAGUAUCCCUCAGAAACUCACACUUAUAACUCCUUACCUUUUACUUGAAUGUUUCAUCAUCCACUCAGGACAGUCUCUCAGAGUUCAGGAUAAACCUGGGCUUGCCAGUAGAAUCAAAUGAGAGGACCCAUUUUCUCUCAUAGUGGUUGAUUACUACAUUAUUUUCUUAAUGGCUGGUUUUUUGAGUUUCUGUGUCAACAGUGUUUUUUUCUAUUAAUGAUGCUGAUGUAUUGCUAAUAAGAUCCUAAAUUAAAAAAGGAAAACAAACUUGUUCUUUACAGAUUAUCACCUUGUGAAUGUCAGUAAUUUACUUUUCCAUAACAUUGCAAAUAACAGAAAAUCUUAAAAUAAUUUCAGGCCGAGUCUUCUAGAUUGAGCAGAAGCAGUGAAAGGAGUGUUUUGAUAGCUUGAUGUAUGUAAUGGGCCCCUCCCCAUCUCUUCUCUGUGUGAGUCAGAUGUCUGGAGAUGGAUGACAUCUUGACACAUGGUCCCUUUUGGAAAUGUGAUGAAGACAAAGAGUGUGUAUGUGUGUGUAUGUGUUAGGUGGGGGGGUGGGGCUGCCACUCAGAAAAUAAAGCAUUUUCUAAAA